AUGGCUCUUGCUGCUUUGCUGGAAUUUGCAGUAGAUCCACAGGAAGAGGCUGAUAGGAAAGAGGGGCGUCUGGCUGUAAUAGCAGAUCACCUUGGUUUCAGCUGGUCAGAAUUGGCUCGAGAGCUUGAAUUCAGUGAGGUACAGAUCAAUCAAAUAAGAAAUGAGAAUCCAAAUUCUCUACAAGAUCAAAGCCAUGCCCUCAUAAGGCUAUGGAAAGAAAGAGAGGCCAAAAAUGCUACAGCAGAGAACACUUUGAUGAAGACACUUACGAAAAUAAAUCGCAUGGACAUUGUUCAUCUCAUCGAAACCAAAAUUAUCCAGUCCAGUCAAGAACAGUCGUCACACACCUAUGCAGAAAUUGAGCAAACCAUAUCAUUGGAUCAUAGUGAAGGUUUUUCAGCACUACAGGAGGACAUGGAUAGCCCCAGACCAGGUCGGCGAGCAGAAGCCACGCAAAAAGCAUCAGAACUUGGGCCUCUGGUGGCAUCUGUCGAAGAUCUUUCCUGCAAUGCAUCUUCCCUUGAUGAUACCCAGAAAGAGAGGUUGAUGACAGACAAAGAAAUGAGUUCAGAGGUGGUUGGAACCUCAGCACCUAGUUCCUUUGAUAUGGUUGGACUGAGGCAACAAUUUCCAGGCACUCUCAAAAGAGUAAGUCCCUUCUUUACCCUGUACAAAGCUGUUCCUUGGAGACUGCAGUCUCAAGUGUAUGGCCCAGUUUGCAUAGGUGGUACUAUUUCCAACGAAUCAUCAGGCAAGGCACACGAAACUGUGAAUGAUCCUCUCCAAGAGUUAGGAGCUACUGGGGGUCAAUUUAUCCCAGUAUUCACCCAACAGGAUGACGAACAGAAUGCUCCACCUGUUAAUUCAAAUGAAGAGUACAAGCUGAGACAGAGACAAACAACAUUGUCAGAUUUUGGGCACACCCUGUUGGAAUCUGAGCAUGCUGAGCCAGAUUUCAAUGAGUUGUCUGUGGAACUCGAGCAAGAUUCUGAAGAUUAUAUUACCUCACCAAUCUCCAGUGCAAUACAUUUCCCAACAUCCCCAUCAAAUGAAAAGACAGAAAUUUCAUCUACUUCAUCAAAUAAAUAUGAGGUUGCAUUUCCAAAGAAACCAAGUCAGAGUGAGGAGUAUAUACAGCGCCACGUUGAGGAAGUUUCUGACAGAUUCUAUAGAACCCUGUUUGGUGAAAGUUAUGUCUUACCUGAGCUAUGUGAAAAGAAUGUAAAUGUAGAGACUUACAGUUUCCCUAAAAUUGAGAUUUCUUCUGUGGAUGAAGGGAAUUGUAACAUCAUUCCAGUCUGUGUACAAGAAUCUUCAGAUGUUUCCAAAGAUAGUGAUGUUAUUCAGUUUGGAAUCACAGAAUUGUCCACUGAAAGAGUACAAAGCAUAACUCAAAUAAUUUCCAGUCCUCUUCAAAAACCUAGCAUGUCUUUUGCACUUGUAAGUGGAACAGACAUUACAGAGAAGAUUACUCCUUCAACACUCAAUCAAAUGUCACUUGAUUCAGUUACUAAGCAGCCACAUAUGUUAUCACUUCCAAUAACUGAUUCUGGUUCUUCAGAAACAAGGGUUGAAGUAAUCACUGAAACCAAACCAACAGAUUCUGAAUGCACAAAAACGGAAUCUAUCUCCUUAAUACCAGCAGAAAUUGUGAAGUGUAGACCUCUUACGCCUAUAUCUAUAACAUCCCCAGUUGAGCCAAGGUCAUUGUCACCAGAUUUAGAGUUUGAAUAUUUUGAUAACCUUGGAAUGAUUUCAUCUGAAUAUAGAUCAUCACCAGAAUCAGUGGAUUCUUUGCCUUUAGACUCACCAAUACCAUUUGAUUAUAGACCGUCUUCCCCAGACUCAUGCAUAUUAAUGGCUGAAUUAAGAGUAUCUUCACCUGAAUCUGUAGCUUCAGUGAAUGAUUACACUCUUCUCUCUGUUGACUCUCCAUUGCCUGAUUUUAGGCCAGCUACACCUUUGCCAACUUUUGAAAAUUACACACCUGAAUUCACAAUACAUGUUGAAGAAUACAAAACAUUACAUGCACCUGGUGAAAUAACAGUUCCUCUUACAGGAUAUACAGAAGAUUCACUAGGAGCAUGUUAUUUGGAGGUGACUGAUGACACCCAAAGACCUAUUUCACCUGGUUCUGUGAUUUUCUUCAGAUCAUUAUCACCCGAAUCAAAUGGAUCUUGGUCUCCUACAUCCAUCUGUUCUGACAUUUUAGAUAGCGAACACUCCACUGAAACAAGUUUUGAUGGUCCAUCUCCUUAUGCAUUUUUGACUGAAUUAAGACCCUCAUCUCCAGAAUCCACGGCAUCUGUAAAUAAAAAUACAGUACUUCCCCCUGAUUCACCAAUUCCAUGUUUUUCAACUGAAGUGCAAAAUGGCUCUUUAUCACUCAUGGCAGGCUACAGAUCACCAUCAUUAAAAUCUGAACUUUCAGACAUAGAGUGUGAUCUGAUCUCAUUAGAGUGUUUACCUGGAAGUCGCCCAUCAUCCCCUGAAUCAUUUGCAUCUCUCACUAACCAGAGAUGCCUUUCCCCUGAUUCUCCUCUUCCCAGCUUUACUCAAACAAUGUGGGAAAGUUUCAUACCCACAAAACUGUUUAGAUCUGAUUCAUUUGAGUCAGGCCUCUCAGAUAAUGAAAACAAACCAAUAUCAGAAGUAUUGACAGAAACCAGAAUAUCAUCUCCUGAGUCAUUUACAUCAAUAAAUGAACAUAGACCCCUUUCGCCUGAUUCACCUGUGCCUGUUUAUAGAAGCACAUCACACUUUGAUGUCAUCCAAUUUUGGAGCCAAAGAGACUCAUCUCCUGAAUUAGAAACAUCAUCUGAUAUUGAAUAUUCGCACUGUGAGCCCUUGAUCUGUGAGCCAAGAUCUCAGUCCCCAGAAUCAAUUAUUUUAGAGCCUGAAUAUAUUCCUUUGUCCACAGUUAUAGUUGAAAGUGUUUGUUUUGAAGGCGAGCCAACAGAAAAAACAUACACUCAAAAAUUAGCUCCUAAGCGUGUUGAAUCGCUACACAAUGAAGAACAAAGCAUGAGUGAAUUACCAAAACCAAAGGAUAUUUUUAUGUCUAAAACUAUGUUCAGAAAUCUUGUCGCCAAAAUAUUUGAUCCACACUUCAAAGGUGGUUCCAAACUUGUUGUUUUGGACAACACUGGAACUUUACAUGGCCAGAAAAUGAUAUACCCACCCUCUACAGAAUCUGUCAACUAUACAGUGAAUAAGGAUUUAACUCAAAUUAAUCUGCAUUUCGAAAGUCAAUGCAAUCCACUUUCAUCACAACAUCAAUUUAGACCAGUAUCCCCAGAACCACUUUUGCUUGAUGACUCUCUUGAACAAACUGAGUGUAGACCUCCUGAGUCAGUAUCAUCAGUUAAUGAGUCCAGGCCUCUAUCACCUGUCUCACCUGCAACUGAAUUCAGUGGAUUUUUAAGAGAUUGCCCUGAUUCAAUUUUAUCAGAUACUGACAAAAGAUCACUUUCUCCAGACUCCUUGCCUGAAUGGAGACCCAUGUCACCUGACUCUGUCAUGUAUUUGAAAGACAUUAGAGGGUCUUCUCCAAAGUCAAAUGGGUCCAUUAAUGAACAUAGACCCCUAUCUCCAGACUCGCCUAUAACACAAUAUUUUCCAGUUGUCUUUGAAUCUAUUUCUGUUAAAACAAAUAGGUCCUCAUCCACUGAAUCUGAAUUAUCAAUGGAGGAAUGGGAAUUAAAUGAUUUUACCCUUGAUUCAUCUUUAGAAUCAACAAAAUCUAUAAAUGAUGAAACGUUUGACUUUAGAUCUUUGUCCCCCGAUUCUCCAAUAAGUCAGUAUGAUGUCUUGCAUUUUGAACCAACAAGGGCAACAAGUUAUGUAUCACUAUCCCCAGAAUCAAUGCUGUCAGACACAGAUGUACAGAACGAUUUAUUUGAUGACAUAGUUUUUGAUCUUAGAAGGUCCUCAGCAGAGUCAAUCACUUCACUAAAUGAAAACAGACCUCUUUCCCCUGAUUCACCUAUUCCUGAGUUCACAAUAGCCACACAAACAUUUAACAUAUCAUUUACAGGCUCUCGAUCAUCCUCUCCAGAAUCAGUCACUUUGAAUGUUAAAAAUGAAUUGUGUCAGUCAGACCUUUAUCCAGACCAAAGAUCUGACUCUCCUCAGUCUAUAAUAUCAGAGACUGAGAUUGGACCACUGUCCCCUGACUCACCUGUGCCUCAAUUCAUGACAUUGUUCCCUCAGAGUACUUUGCCAGUAACAAGACCUAGAUCGUGGUCAACUCAGUCACUGUACUCAGAGAAUACGGAAUGUGAUCCUUACAUUGAAGAUUUGUUAAAUAUAGAAUAUCGACCAGAUUCCCCUGAUUCAAUUUUAUCAGAAACUGAAAAAAGACCACUUUCUCCAGACUCCUUGUCUGAAUGGAGAUCCAUGUCACCUGACUCUGCCAUGCUUUUAAAAGAUAUUAGAGGUUCUUCUCCACAGUCAGAUGGGCCCAUGGAUGACUAUAGACCCCUAUCUCCAGACUCACCUGUACCACAGUACUUUCCAGCACUCUUUGAAUUAGUUUCAGUUACAGAAUACAUGUCUUCAUCCCCUGAAUCUGCAUUAUCAGAGGAUGAAUGUGAAUUAAAUAUUUUAAACAUAGAUUCUUCUCCAGAAUCUAUAAAUGAUGAAAGGCUAGACUUUAGACAUUUGUCUCCUGAUUCUCCAAUAUCUCAGUAUUAUACCUUUCAAUUUGAACCAACAAUGUUUACAAGUAACUUAUCACCAUCCCCUGAAUUGGUUCCAUCAGAAAUAGAUAUGCAGUCGGAUGUAUUUGAUGACUUGGUGAUUGACAUUAGAAGGUCAUCAUUAGAGUCAGUCACAUCACUCAAUGAAAACAGACCUCUGUCCCCUGAUUCCCCUAUUCCUGAGUUCAAAGUGUCCACACAAACAUUUUUAAUAGCACUUACAGGCUCCCGACCAACCUCUCCAGAAUCUGUUACUUUGGGUGUUGAAAACGAAUUGUGUCCAUCUGACCUUUAUCCAGGCCAAAGAUCUGACUCUCCUCAGUCUAUAAUAUCAGAGACUGAGAUUAGACCACUGUCCCCUGACUCACCUGUGCCUCAAUUCAUGACAUUGUUCCCUCAGAGUAAUAUGUCAGUAACAAGACCUAGAUCAUGUUCACCUCAGUCAAUGUGCUCAGACAAUACAGAAUGCGAACCUUACAUUGAAGAUUUGCUAACUUUACAAUAUCGACCAGAUUCCCCUGAUUCAAUUUUAUCAGACACAGACAAAAGACCACUUUCUCCAGACUCCUUGUCUGAAUGGAGACCCAUGUCACCUGACUCUGCCAUGCUUUUACAAGACAUAAGAGGAUCUUCUCCACGGUCAAAUGGGUCCACGAAUGAAUACAGAUCACUAUCUCCAGACUCACCUAUUCCACAGUAUUUUCCAGCACUCUUUGAAUCAGUUUCUGUAACAGAUUAUAUGUCCUCUCCCCUUGAAUUUGCAUUAUCGGAUGAGGAAUGUGAAUUAAAUGUUUUCACCCAAGACUCUUUUUCAGAAUCAGCAGAGUCUAUAAAUGACGAAAGGCCUGACUUUAGAUCUUUGUCCCCUGAUUCGCCAAUAGCUCAAUAUUAUAACUUUUAUUUCGAACCAACAAUGGUAACCGGUUACACAUCAAUAUCCCCAGAAUCUGUUCUAUCAGGAAUAGAUAUGCAGACCGAUGUAUUUGAUGACUUGAUGAUUGACCUUAGAAGGUCAUCUUUGGAGUCAAUUGCAUCAAUUGAUGAAAACAGAGAAAUGCCCCCUGAUUCACCUUUUCCUGACUUCACACUAUCCACACAGUCAUUUAUCAUGCCAGAGAUAGGCUCCUGUCCAACUUCCCCAGAAUUGGACUAUGUGGAUGAUGAAAAUACACUUUAUCAAACCGACUUUAUUUCAGAACAAAGAUCUGACUCUCCCCAGUCUAUAAUAUCAGAGACUGGGGGUAUACCACUGUCCUCUGACUCACCUGUACCUCAAUUCAGUGUGUUAUUCUCUCAGAUUACUUUGCCAGCAAUAGGAAGUGGAUCAUGUUCACCUCAAUCACUGUGCUCAGGGACUAUAGAAGAUGAACCAUCUUUUGAAUCUCUUUUUAUUAGAGGCUCUUCUCCACAGUCAGUUGUGUCCAUGAAUGAAUGUAGAUGUCCUGACUCACCUAUACCACAUUACUCACAAUUAUUCAUUGAGCCAAGGCCUAUAAAAGCACAUGGGUCAUCCUCGCCUGAGUCUAUGACAUCAGAUGUUGGUUAUGAGUUAUAUGAGUUAGAGAAUAGUGCAUCAGAAUGUGAGUAUAGGCUUCCUUUAAUGGAUUUAGUAUCAGAGAGUGAACACACCUCAAGUGAGGUGAAAUCUCAUUUGGCUUAUUUUAGGGCAUCCUCAACAGACUCUGACACCUUAGUUAAUGAUAUUAAAUUGCUCUCUCCUGACUCACCUGUGCCACAGUAUUUCCCAGCACUUAUUAAAUCAGUUCCAGAUUAUAGGUAUUUAUCAGAUUAUAUGUCAUCAUCCCCUGAAUCUCUGUUGUCAGAGGAGGAACUAAAUGUUUUGACAGAAGCUUCUCCAGAAUAUAUAAAUGAAGGCAGAUCUCUCUCACCUGAUUCACCUAUAGCCAUGACAGAUUCUCCAAUACUUCAGUAUUAUGCUUCAAACUUUGAACCAACAUUGGUAACAGGAUACAGGUCAACAUCUAAUCAGACAAUAUUAUCAGAAAAAGAAAUGCAGACAGAUGAAGUUGAUGACUUACUGAUGGAUCUUAGAACAUCCUCACCAGAAUCAGUGGCAUUAGUGACAGAAAACAGACCACUGUCCCCUGAUUCACCCAUUCCUGAGUUCACACAAUCCAUAUACACAUUUUCCAUACCAGAAUCAGAUUCUAUAUCAAUUUCCCCAGUCUCUUUGAGUGAUGAAAAUGAAUUAUAUCCAUCAGACUUUAGUAUGGGGCAAAGGCCUAACUCUCCUGAAUCAGUAAUAUCUGAAACUGAGCCUAGACCAGCUUCCCCUGAAUCACUAAGUGAUUACAGCCAAAUGUCUCAUAACACAACAAGGUCUGUGGUAGAUUGUGCAUCUCCAGAAUUCUUUAAAUCAUUGGAAGAGUGUAGAAUAUUAUCUCCAGACUCUGUUCCACAGUUUAAAAUAUCAGCAAUAAAUGUACAACGAUCAGAGUCAUCUGAAUCACUUACAUUAGAGACAGACAUUGAACUUUGGGUAACUGCAUCUCAAGCUACUGAAGAGAGACCCUCCUCCCCUGAAUCAAUCAUAUCCUUAAAUGAAAAAAGACCAUUAUCACCAGACUCACCAAUUUAUGACUUUAAGUCAUUAUUGCAUGUAAAUAUCACCCCAAAAACCACAUACAGAUCAUCCUCCCUAGAAUCAGUUGUAUCUGAUUUAGAAUUUGACAUGGAGAGCUUUGCAUCUGAUGAUGUUACAUGGACUGAAAAUAGACCCUUAUCUCCUGCUUCAGGUGAAAUAUCUCCUGUGGAUCAAUGUCAUUUAGGCCAAGACCUAUCCAACAUUGUGACAUAUCUACCAUUAAACAUGACUUUCAGAAUGAUGCCUCAAUAUAAACUUGUGUACAAGGCUGUUCCUUUAGCAUUAAUAUCCCAUUUGUAUGAUCCUCAUUAUAAAGGCGAAACUUUCUGUCCAAAGCCAGGUGUAUUUGAGUACACUGGAUGUAAAAAGGCAAAUAAUGAAUUCACUGAGCAACACAAUUAUGACAUUUCCAACAAUGCUAUAUCUCAUAUUGAAACAUCCUCACCUUUUGAUACUAGUUCUCUGCAAACAUAUGUACAAACAGAAUCAUUUGAUUUAUUUGGAACAAAUCAAGCAUUUUCCAAUAAUCCGUUGAUAUAUUGUACAAGAUUAAAUGCAUGUCUAAUAGACUCUUCAGAUAGUAGAGCCUCUUCACCAGAAUCAUAUACCUCUAUAAAUGAGUAUAGGCAACUCUCUCCUGAAUCUCCAAUUCCUGAGCACAGACCUACAUUACCAUGGGCAGAAUUUUUGUUUGAAAGUCGGCCUUCAUCCCCUGACACAAUUUUUUCUGUAAAUGAAUUUCAAAGUCUUUCACCUGAUUCACCUAUACCUGAAUACUCAACUUCAUCACCAGUACCAAAUGCACAUACAUCUGAAUCUAGCGAGGUAUUUAUGCAACACAAAUUCAUUUUGAGCCCAUUGUCACCUUCAAUAAAUAAUGAUCAAAGUUCUGAUAAAGACUCAUAUCCUGAAUCAUACUCAUCAUGGUACCCACUUCCACAAUGGAUCAUGUCUGAAAACAGACCUUCAUCAUCUCUCUCAGAUAUUUCAGACACAGAUUCUAGAUCUUUAUCACCUCAAAUGUUCUGUAUUGAAACAAAUGUGCGAAACCCAUCACCUGAAGCAGCGACCUUAGACACAGAACUAACAGAAACUAUUACUCCAGAACCUUUAAUUUGUGAGACAUUUUAUGAACCUGAAUCAGUGAUCAGUGAAUCUGAAGAUGAGUUUUAUGAUAAUUUGAAUGAUUUGUCACUUUCUGACAUUGAUGAGAUUAAGAAAGAUUUACCUGUGUUCAAAAAUGAUCCUGCUUUGCUGAAUCCAGUGACAUUUGAACAAUGCGUGGAACAGAUCGAGUCUCCAUAUGAAAUUGAGGAACCUGUUUCUGAAAUAAGGAUUGAGUGUUCAUUUGAUGAUGGACUACAGCCAAAGGCAUUUCACGAUAUAGCAUCUGAGCAAACACAAAAGGACACACCAAGUGCAGCAAAGACAAUUACUUAUUGUGAAGAACAGGACGUAAUAGCAACAAGUGAAUCUGCAAAUGAAGAAACUAGCAAAGGCCACAAUAUACAUGAUAUAGAUGAAAAGAGACACAUGGAAAGUCUACAGCAACAAAAAGAAGAUGUAGGACAUGAUUUAAGAAAACUAGCCCCUCGAGAUGACAAAAAAAGGGACAGUGUCUCAGAGGAAAUUAAUUUAAUGCCUCAAGUCAAAGAUUCAAGUCUAAGAAAAGGAGAUACACCAUCAAUUUCAAAAAGUUUAAAUUUAACAGAAUCCUUUAUUACCAAUGAAUCAUCAAAAGAUAUAGCCACACAUGUCUCCAACAUACCUGAGCGCAACAGAUCUCAGCCUGUCUUUGAUUUGGAGGCCCACAAAUCCACUCCUGGUUCGUCACCUGAAGAAACGAAAGCAUUAAAAGGACUGGAAGAAGUAAAUUCUUUUCAGUUUCAUCUUAAAGACUCUCAUAGAAGAGUUAAACUAAAUCGAAUUGAUUCUUCUGCAUUUAGUUUGGGUCUUGAAUCAAGUGAUUGUAAAAAUUUGCCCUCAAUGUCAGUAAAAACACCAUCAACAGACACUUCCCUUUCACGUAUAUUUAACACAUCCUCUUCUGAACAAGGGAAUUCUCCAGAGUGCCAAGAAUUUCUAGGCAAGGAAAUACCUUGUGCUGCAGGGACUGUCCAGCUUUCCUCAGAGUUUAAACAUGUCGUUUCUAAAUUUGAACAGGCAUCACCAUCUUUAGGUGGUGAUAAGCCUGAAUUAAGUUUAGUUUUUCCUGGAACCUAUCCACUUGUAGCUGCUAUGUCACCUUGUACUCUGGAAGUAACUCAGGAUAUGACAGGUGACCAGAUGCAUUUAGGUGCUACUGCAGUUUUAGAUGUUGACUUUCCACUUUACAGUCUUAACUUUAAAGCCAGGCCAAGGCCCGCUCAUGCAGAUAGCAUUGAGUCAGAAGCUGAGUUUUUUGAUUGCCGGCAAACAUUUUCUGAUGCAUCUGAGCAAGAGGAGGGAUCAUUAGAAAUUUUAGAUGUUCCUCAAACAGUUUACCACGUUGAGGAACUUCCAUCUUUAUCAAGCAGCCCUGAAUAUCUGACAGGCAUCUCUAAACUUAGAGAGCACACGCAGUUGAAAAAGGAUGAGCGGCCCUUAUCCUGGGCCAGUGAGGACCUACCCAUAGUUCUUGAGCCAGAAGAUGAAUACACUUGUGAGGUUGGUGAGGGGAAGGAUUUCCCUUACGAUUAUACAGGUGGUCAUUCAUUUGCUGAAGAGCUACCUCCAAUAGAGGGUGCAGAAUAUGAUGACGAUGAUGACUCUCUAGGCAGGGAAAUAGCUGAAGAACUAGGUUUGCUGUCUGAUAGUUCAGAGGAGGAGGUGUUGACCACCAGGGUGGUGCGGCGCAGAGUUGUAAUUCAGGGAGAUGAGAUGCCUGAAAUCCCUCCUCAGACUGUGACAGAAGAGAAAUACACUGAUGAGUAUGGAAACAUUGUGGUCAAAAAGAUAACACGAAAAGUCAUCCGUAAGUAUGUGUCAGCAGAUGGGGUAGAGAGAGAGGAAGUGAUGCUGGAGGGUCCACAGCAGGAAGCUGUUUCUGUGGAUGAGGCUGACGGUUUCUCUAAAGUUGUGAAGAGGACAGUGGUGCGGAGCGGGGGAGAUCAUACCGAGGUAACCUUCUCUGAACCUUUAUCUUACGUUGGUGCAACAUCUUCCGAAUUUGAGGAAGAGCCUGUCCAAGGUCGGAAGGUCAGCAAAGUCAUCAAAACUAUGGUAGUGCAGGGUGAACGAAUGGAAAAACUAAUCGGAGACCCUUCACUCUCAUCGGAUCUCCCAUCAGCCAAAGAAGACUUUGAAAAGGACCCGGAUGCAUAAGACGCGCACUCAGAAAAGCACAGUAGUGAAGGAUGGCCAAGCCAAACAAACCCACCUGGAACGACUGGAGGACACCCGCGAUUCCCUGCGACCCGAUGACCUACAGCAGCACCUGCAUCAGCUGCUUCAGCGC